UGACUGAACCUAACGAGCCAUGACACGGAAGACUGGAGAGAGAUGUCGGGGAGGAGCCAGCGCCUCGUCUGAGAUCAAAGAAUCAGUUGACUUGACCAUCUUGAACCCUCCCGACCCUUUCCCUUCUUUUUUUCUAGCCGGGCAGAAGCUUGCCGCCAGUCUGCUUUUGUGGAUGGCGGUGUGCAACGCCGUCGCGGAUUCAGUCUUCCAUUCCAUCGGUCACGCUGGUUCAGGAGUUGGCUGUCAUGCUGUCCAGGCUCUGACGCUUGCCUGUGGUGUAAUUGUUGUUCAAUACCAAGAGAUGAAGCUUGUGAACCCAAAUGACUUAUUCCAUUAUCUCUUGAAGAAUAACAAGCUGAACAGAGGGCGGUUGCUUGGGUUAGAUGUUGGUAGUCGGUAUGUUGGUUUGGCUAUUUCUGACCGCAACAAUGCGCUUGCAUCACCUCUGAGUGUAUUAGUAAGAAAGAAGUCAAACAUACAGUUGAUGGCCAGUGACUUUGAGACUUUGGUAAAAGAAUAUUCUUUAGCGGGGUUAGUUAUAGGAUGCCCUUAUAAUUUCAUGGGUUCUGAAAAUUCACAGGUGGCACAAGUAAAGCUAUUCGUGGAUUCUCUUCGCAGGACUGGGCAACUUGAAGGAUUGAGCUACACGUACUGGGACGAGAGGUUUACUUCAAAGUGUGUAGAAGCACUGGUGAGGCCCCUCAAUCUGCAUCCCGUGCAAUAUAAGACGGUUAUUGACAAAUUUGCUGCUGUUGCCAUUCUCCAGGGUUUCCUGGACUUCGCAAACAGGAAUCUCAAGCUAAGGGAACAGGAAAAAUCAUGAUGUACUGGUUUUUGUACGACAGCUUGGCCUAGCAUUGGAUGGUGGUUGUCCUAAAGCAUCAAUUUCUCACUGUUUAUAUUAUUACCAGGCAAUACACGCCCCAGUUUCUGUUGCUGCUUUA